GAGCGCGGCCGCCGCAGACACACAUCUGACCCCGACGCACCUCCUUGUCAGAUCCUUUGCGCUGGCCGGGCGCGUGCCGGAUGCCGCCUUCUUCCGGGCCGUGGGCGAGAUCGCCCGCGUCGUGCGCAGGUCGGAGUUCAUCAUGGACGUCGUGGUGGUGCAGAGCUCCCCGAGCGACGCCAGCGGCGACUACCUCCGCGUGGUGCUCGGGGCGCUCGACGCCCCGCCCGCCGUCGCGGUGGUGCCCAGCGUCGCCGAGGCGGCCGCGCGGCUGACGGCUACGUGCACCCCGUGGCUCCUGGGCCUCGUGGGCUUCGGGCCGGACGGGGAGGCGGCCGUGCAGGGGCAGAUCCUGUCGCGGGGCCACUUCGUGCAGACCAGGCGGAUGGGCGUCCACUCCGGGGCCACUCCCAGCGACCUGGCAGGAGGGGCCGCGCCGGAGCCGGGGCGGGAGGGCGGGGUGGCGGUCGUGCUGGGCAACAUGCCGCUGGACGCGACCACCGUCACGGUGGACACGCUGGCGCGCGUGCGGCAGGCCGUGGCGUUCGUCCUCGGCGUGCCGGCGGGCUCGCUGAGCAUCGGCGGCCGGGAGCCCGUGGCGGCCGAGGCCGGGUGGCCCUCGGUGGUCUUCAGCGGCGGCAGGACUGCGGGCUACAUCUCCGAGGCGCUGCAGAUGGCGCUGGUGGCCGGCUCGAUGGGCCUGCCUCUGGCCUCGGUGACGCUGGAGGAGGACUCGACGUCGACGGAGCAGAAUGCGCUCUUCGUGGCCCAGGUUCUGAAGGAGCGGAUCGGCAGCGGCCUCGUCAGUGAGGGCUCUGUGUCUGUGAGCGUGGUCAGCAAGCAGGACCACCUGAGUUGGGCCCUGCCCAUCUUUCAGCGUGUAGGACGCGAGCAGGGCCUGAAGUGCCUGACCGACGCCGUGGCUCUUCCAGCAGCUGUGAGUCAAGAUGACGUGAUCGCCCAGAUGGAUCAGUUUCUCGGCAGGCUGGACAUCGGUGAGGAUGUGAAGUCGCCCGUGCGGAUCAGGCGCGACAAUCUGAUCAAGGGUAUCCGGGGGAUCGAUUAG